UAACGAGAGAGAGGCGGAUGUGACGUCACCGAUAAGCACCUCUGUAACCGUCUAUCUUCCGCCCAGCUUGCAAGCCGAGGAGUCCAAACUGCUCUAUAGAUUUCCGUUUCGCUGAACUCGCUUCUGGUUGCUCCGGCAUUACGAGCCAAGUCAACUUCAAAAGUCUGUACUGCAACCUGCUGUCCAAAUGAGUGACGGAGAGUGUAACUUCUUCUGCUUCUUCCGCUGCUGCUGAGCGCGCUCCUUUGCGCCUCAGAUAGACAAGAAGGAAGGGUGCCUCUGAACACCGACCCUAGGGGGGGGGGGGUAAGGGCAGGGAGGAAAAGCAAGGUGAAGGUGGAGCUGCAGCUGAACCAUUUCAGCUACAAUUGGACCACUUGAAUCCGACAGGUAGGCGGUCCGUCUACCUGUGCGGGUGGUAGGUUCGGUCGACUGAUGUCUGUGGACAUGAGCAGCCAGGCGUCGGACAGCAAUGAGGAGGACUUUGGGGCGAACUCUGAAGAGGAGGAUGAUGAAGACGAUGGCGCAGAAGAAGAGGAUCAGACAGACUAUUAUGAGGGAGUGGCCGGUGAUGUGGAGCAGCAAAGUGCUGAUUCCUUCGACCCGGAGGAGUACCAGUUCAUCUGUUUGUCGUACAAAGACAGCCAGCAUGUGCUGACGGAGGAAGUAAACACUGUGGCUGCUGCUUUGAAGGUUUCCCCAUCAGUAGCUAAACUGAUCCUGGUGCAUUUUCACUGGCAGGUUUCACAGAUCCUGGACAGAUAUAAGUCCAACUCAUCUCUGCUUUUGUCAGAAGCUCUGGUCCAGCUCAGCAGCACAUGCAGAUCAGUCACUGCCCCUCAGGCCCUCCAGUGUGGUGUGUGUUUACAGGUCGUAUGGAGAGACUCACUGCUGGCACUGCCUUGUCAGCACUCUUUCUGCAAAGCAUGCUGGGAGCAGCACUGCACCGUGCUGGUAAAAGAUGGCGUUGGAGUGGGUAUCUCGUGCAUGGCUCAGGACUGUUCCCUGCGUAUGCCAGAGGACUUUGUCUUACCGCUGCUGCCAGGAGAGGAGCUAAAGGACAAAUACAGACGCUACCUCUUCAGAGAUUACGUCGAGAGUCACUUCCAGCUGCAGUUAUGUCCAGGUGCAGACUGUCCUAUGGUCAUCAAGGUGCAGGAGCCUCGGGCACGCAGAGUACAGUGCAGCCGCUGCAAUGAAGUCUUUUGUUUCAAAUGUCGUCAAAUGUAUCAUGCACCUACAGACUGUGCAACAAUUCGAAAAUGGCUGACUAAAUGUGCAGACGACUCGGAGACUGCAAACUACAUCAGCGCACACACUAAAGAUUGUCCGAAGUGUAAUAUCUGUAUUGAAAAGAACGGAGGAUGCAAUCACAUGCAAUGUUCCAAGUGCAAACACGACUUUUGCUGGAUGUGUCUCGGAGACUGGAAGACUCACGGCAGUGAAUAUUACGAGUGCAGCCGCUACAAAGAGAACCCAGAUAUAGUCAACCAGAGCCAGCAGGCUCAGGCCAGAGAGGCCCUCAAAAAAUAUCUCUUCUACUUUGAGAGGUGGGAGAAUCAUAACAAGUCUCUGCAGCUGGAGGCUCAAACGUACCAGAGAAUCCAGGAGAAGAUCCAAGAGAGAGUAAUGAACAAUCUGGGCACUUGGAUUGACUGGCAGUAUCUGCAUAACGCUGCGAAGCUGCUGGCUAAGUGUCGCUACACACUGCAGUACACCUACCCCUACGCCUAUUACAUGGAGUCCGGCCCUCGUAAAAAGCUGUUUGAAUAUCAACAGGCCCAGCUGGAAGCUGAGAUAGAAAACCUGUCGUGGAAGGUGGAGCGAGCUGACAGUUAUGAGAGAGGAGUUGUAGGAGGCGAGGGCGAGCUCAGCGCCAGUGACAGAGGGGAUCUGGAGAAUCAGAUGCACAUUGCUGAGCAGAGGCGACGUACACUGCUGAAGGAUUUCCAUGACACCUGAGGCUCCAAACGCGACUGCAAAGCACCAGCAUCUCCCUCCUUCCUUUCUUCCGUGUCUCCUACCAACACUUCCUUCCAUGAUCAUCCGAUGUUUGCAGUCACACUGACUUCUUCCUUAACCUCUCUGCACAUGCCCUUUUGCUUCAGUUGUUCUGUUCUUUUUUCUAUCCUCCUACUACAGUAAUGCUGCAGGGUCACAGAAUGUCACGUUUGUAUCAUCCACAUUUACACUGUUCUGUUUCACCGUGGUUACACUUGUUUCACGGAUCUGAUCAUGCAGGUCAGUGCUUGAAAACAUACUUAACUGGGAGAAAUCCUCAGGUGUUACUCCUGUGAUGGAGGAGUUGUUCAAAGAGAGAAAAGCUUAAAAUGUUCAGAAUAAAGAAAGUUGUGUUAAGUAGAUGUUCAAAUCCUGGGAGAGGAACAGUAGAUUUGAAUGUUUGCUCCGUUCUAAAAAUAAAUAAGAGUUUCACCCCAUUUAAUGCAAGAGAUUGAUGGUAAAGAACAAAAUAACUGCCAUAGAGGUAGUCUCAUUUUUUAUAAUUACCUCUUGCAGCCUUUGACCAGUUCCAGCUGGUGGAGAGUGAUGCUUCCUGAUGUUGCUGCUACUGGUUUGGUUGUGGCUUGACUGUUUCCAGCCAUACCCGGUUCUUCGUAACGUGAUGAUUAACCUACCAUAAACGAAUCAGAUGCGAUUGCUGUGAAAUUACUAACAUGAGACCUAAAUAAAAUGAAAAUUGGAAAGUUUCUGAAGUGAUAUUUGUGCCCAAGAGUAAAUAUUAAACUUGGAUAGCAGCUACUUUAGAUUUUUUUUCUUCCGCAGCACCUACCCUGAAGGUGCUCUGCCAUUUUUAUUGUCCUAUCAAACAAAUGUAGCUUUGAUCGUGCAAGCACAUACAAAUUUGAAACACGAUUGGUUGUACUGUAUCAAGGUUAAGGACCUUCAUUGAUCAGAUAAAGUUGUUUUGAUUUGACAAGUGUAAUUCACAAAUGUUACACCACCUCCCGCUGACGACAACAUGAGUCGUUUAUGUCAACAUGCGCAAACACUCCACUUCUCCACCUCCAAAACCACCCAAAUCAGAACCUUUCACCAUUAACUUGUCUCCCUGUAAUCUCAUGCAUUAUCUUCUGUCGUAAUGGUCAUCUCUUCAUUUUAUUUUUUCUGAUUUUGUUUCUGUCCAUCUCAUAUUGCUCACUUUUCUUCUGGAAACUGGCUGUUGAUAGUUCAUUUAAAAAAGAAACAUAAAAGCAAAAAAAAAAAUUACUGUAAUUUUCAACGGUUGUACAUUAAUACAGAAAUAGAGUUACUGAGAGUUUUUAAAACUGGA